UUGGGGGACGGUGCGGCGUCAUUCCGGAGGUGUGGUCUGGUGAGCUGGUUGACUGAUCACUGCGCAUGCGCUGUGAGUUCCGUUGUGCUAGUCGGAUAAAAGAUGGCGGAUGAGCUACGUUACCGAUAGAAGGAAAAGAGAAAGGAAGGCCGAUGCUCAAACCAUUAAUAUGGUGAUUCCAUCCUAACAGUUGAAAGCCGGCGGACUGCUUUGUCUGGAACAGAGCGCUUAGGGUGUGAUGAACACCUUGCUUAGGAUUUGCGUAGACAGAGACAAAGGGAGGCUGUUUCACGUAAGGAGUCACCCAGAAUGUCUUCAGCUUCAUACGACCAGCUGUUAGAGCAAGUGGAGGCGCUUAAAAUGGAGAACACAAGCCUUCGGCAAGAACUCGAGGACAACUCAAAUCAUCUUACAAAACUGGAGUCUGAGGCAUCAAGCAUGAAAGAGGUACUCAAACAGUUGCAAGGAAGCAUUGAGGAUGAAACCAUGUCUUCCUCCAGCCAGAUUGACCUGCUGGAACGGCUUAAAGAAUUAAAUUUAGAUGGCGGCAAUUCCUCUGGUGUUAAGAUAAGGUCAAAGAUGCCAUCGCUGCGCUCGUAUGGGAGUGGGGAUGGCUCGCUCUCCGGAAAUUCAGGAGAAUGCAGCCCAGUCCCUAUGGGUUCCUUUCCAAGAAGAGGCUUCAUGAAUGGGAACAAGGAAGGUGCUGGUUAUAUGGAAGAACUAGAGAAGGAAAGAGCAUUACUUCUCGCUGAGCUGGAAAAGGAAGAGAAGGAGAAGGACUGGUACUAUGCCCAGCUGCAGAACCUGACUAAGAGAAUCGAUAGCCUACCUCUUACGGAAAGUUUUUCACUUCAGACUGACAUGACUAGAAGACAGUUGGAGUUUGAGGCCAGGCAAAUCAGAGCCGCGAUGGAUGAACAACUAGGGACCUGUCAGGACAUGGAGAAGCGAGCACAGGCACGAGUUGCUAAGAUUCAGCAAAUCGAAAAAGAUAUUGUUCGGAUACGUCAGCUGCUGCAGUCUCCAGCUGUGGAAGUAGAGGCAAGUCUAAGGAUUCCACAAAGCAAGCAUGAUGCUGGAUGUGCGAGUGCCGAGAAGCACCUAGAUGGACAGAGCGCUUCCGAGACUACCCCGAGUAUCGCUGCUGGGAGCGCACAGGGUUCAGCCACUAGAGUGGACCAUGAAGCGGCUACUGUUAUGAGCGCCAACAGUUCCUACUCUGUUCCACGAAAGCUGACAAGUCACCUGGGCACGAAGGUGGAAAUGGUAUAUUCACUCCUGUCCAUGCUCGGUACACAUGACAAGGAUGAUAUGUCUCGUACCCUGCUAGCCAUGUCUAGUUCCCAAGAUAGUUGCAUUGCCAUGCGUCAGUCGGGGUGCUUGCCUCUUCUCAUCCAGCUCCUGCAUGGCAAUGAUAAAGACUCGGUGCUUCUGGGUAACUCCAGAGGUAGUAAGGAGGCCCGUGCGAGAGCUAGUGCCGCACUUCACAACAUCAUUCACUCCCAGCCUGAUGAUAAACGAGGGAGGAGGGAGAUCCGUGUCUUACACCUUCUGGAACAGAUCCGCGCCUACUGCGAAACGUGUUGGGAAUGGCAGGAAGCGCAUGAACAAGGAAUGGACAGAGACAAAAAUCCAAUGCCUUCACCUGUGGAACAUCAGAUCUGCCCUGCAGUGUGUGUUCUAAUGAAGCUUUCUUUCGAUGAAGAACAUAGGCAUGCGAUGAAUGAACUUGGUGGAUUGCAGGCUAUUGCUGAGAUUUUACAAGUAGAUUGUGAGAUCUAUGGACUGGUUAAUGACCACUAUAGCAUUACUAUACGACGUUAUGCUGGAAUGGCUUUGACAAACUUGACUUUCGGUGAUGUGGCAAACAAGGCCACAUUAUGUUCCAUGAAAAGCUGCAUGCGAGCCCUAGUAGCUCAGCUCAAAUCUGAAAGCGAAGACUUGCAACAGGUAAUUGCAAGUGUCCUUAGAAAUUUAUCCUGGCGAGCAGAUGUGAAUAGCAAAAAAACAUUGCGUGAAGUUGGUAGUGUGAAGGCCCUAAUGGAGUGUGCCCUGGAAGUCAAAAAGGAGUCCACAUUGAAGAGCGUGUUAAGUGCCUUGUGGAAUUUAUCUGCGCACUGCACAGAGAACAAAGCAGAUAUAUGUUCUGUGGACGGGGCCUUGGCUUUCCUGGUCGCCACUUUAACCUAUCGAAGUCAGACCAAUACAUUGGCAAUCAUAGAGAGCGGGGGUGGAAUCCUGCGCAAUGUGUCCAGUUUAAUUGCAACUAAUGAGGACCACAGGGAAAUAUUGAGAGAGAACAACUGCUUGCAGACCUUGUUACAGCACUUGAAAUCACACAGCUUAACCAUAGUUAGCAACGCCUGCGGGACCUUGUGGAAUCUGUCGGCGCGGAACGCCAAAGACCAAGAGUCCCUGUGGGAUAUGGGUGCUGUCAGUAUGCUCAAGAACCUCAUCCAUUCAAAACACAAAAUGAUCGCCAUGGGAAGUGCUGCUGCUUUGAGGAAUUUAAUGGCUAACAGACCAGCCAAGUAUAAAGAUGCCAAUAUUAUGUCCCCUGGCUCAAGUGUCCCAUCGCUUCAUGUUCGGAAGCAGAAAGCAUUAGAAGCCGAGCUGGAUGCACAACAUUUGUCUGAGACUUUUGACAACAUUGAUAACUUAAGCCCCAAAACAUCUCACCGCAGUAAACCAAGACAUAAACAGAGUUUGUACAAUGACUAUGUUCUGGACUCCAGUAGGCAUGAUGAAUCGGUUUGCCGUACAGACAAUUACAGCCCCAGCAAUUUAACCGUACUUUCCCCAUACUUAAAUGCUACCGUGUUACCAGGAUCCUCGCCAAAUAGAUCAACUGCAGACGCCAACAGGGCUGAUAAAGACAGAGAAAGGACAGCAGGGCUAAACAAUUACCACUGUACGACUGACAAUACUGGAAACUCCUCAAAACGUAUUGGAUUACAAUUAACUACCACUGCCCAGAUUGCUAAAGUUAUGGAUGAGGUUUCAAACAUGCAGCUUUCCCAAGAAGACAAAAAAUCUGGUUCAGUGCCGGAUAUGCACUGUAUUUCAGAUGAAAGAACUGCUCCGCAGAUUAGUUCUGCAAACCACCCUCAUUCAUCUUAUAGUUUCAGUAAAGGCGAUAAUUCCAGCAGAGGGUGUCCAGUAUCCUAUAUGAAAAUGGAAUGCAAGAUGGCUUCAAACGACAGUCUGAACAGCGUUAGUAGCACCGACGGCUAUGGAAAACGCGGACAGGUAAAACCAUCAGCGGAGGCCUAUUCCGAAGAGGAUGAUGGUAAAGUGUGCCAUUAUGGACAGUAUCCCGCAGGCCUAGCACACAAAAUACACAGUGCUAAUCACAUGGACGACAAUGAUACUGAACUCGACACUCCAAUAAAUUAUAGUCUAAAAUAUUCCGAUGAACAGCUGAAUUCAGGCAGGCAGAGCCCAACGCAGAAUGAGAGAUGGGCUAGACCUAAACAUGUAAUUGAGAGUGAGAUAAAGCAAAAUGAGCAGAGACAGUCUAGAAAUCCUCAAACACAGUUUCCACGAUUUAGUGAGAACAAGGAGGAGAAGCAAAAGAAAUUCUCAUCCCAUUUCGCACCACCAGAAAACACAUCACCAUACAGAUCAAGGAGGGCAAAUAAUCAAGGAGACCAGCCCAGAGCGAGCUCCAAUCUUGGAAUUAAUCAGAAACCUAACAAACACCUUUGUCAGGUCGAGGACUACAAUGAUGAUAAAACUACUAAUUUUAGCGAGAGAUACUCUGAGGAGGAACAACACGAAGAGGAAGACAAGAGACAAGCCGAUUUCAACAUUGCAGCCUACAACCAGGAGGAACACCAUGUGGAGCAGCCAAUAGAUUACAGCCGAAAGUACCCUCCGGAGGUUGCACCAACCAAGCAGAAACCUUCAUUUUCUUUUUCAAAAUCUGCCUCCAAAACACGCCUUAAAAAAGACCAUUCAUCUUCUAGCAGCAAUACCCCUACCCCUUCACCAAACACAAACAGACAGAAUGAGCUUCAUCCUAGCUCUGCUCAAAACAGGAGCGGGCAGACUAGACAAAAACAAACCUCAAGUAAGCCCCCUUCUAUUAACCAAGAAACCAUGCAGACAUAUUGUGUUGAAGAUACCCCGAUAUGCUUUUCACGAUGCAGCUCUUUGUCAUCGUUGUCAUCUGCUGAAGGUGAAAUGGAAGGACGUGAAAGAGGUCAACAGGGUGCAGAUUCUAACAACUCUCUUCAGAUAUCCGCAAUAAAGGACAGCAGGGGCACUGCAUCAAAAGAAAGUCUAUCCAACGAAACAAGGCCAACUACGCAUCCUGUACGAACCAAGACUAGUAGACAACAUUCUUCUAAUUUAUCUCCUUCUGAUUCAUCCAAGCAAAAAUCUGCUGAGCUUCCUUCAGGUGCUAAGUCGCCAUCAAAAAGUGGGGCGCAAACCCCUAAGAGUCCUCCAGAGCAUUACCUCCAGGAAACACCUCUAAUGUUCAGCAGGUGCACAUCUGUAAGCUCAUUAGAUAGUUUUGAUAGUCAUUCAAUAGCCAGCUCUGUGCAGAGUGAGCCAUGCAGUGGUAUGGUUAGUGGUAUUAUCAGUCCGAGUGACCUUCCAGACAGUCCUGGACAAACAAUGCCACCAAGCAGAAGUAAGACUCCACCACCAGCUCAACCAGUACAGCCCAAAAGAGAGAUAAAUAAACCUAAAGCAGCAGGUAAUGAUGACCGGGAAGCUGCCACAAAACAGACAGAAGUGCAUGCGGCUGUUCAGAGAGUCCAGGUGCUUCAAGAAACUGAUAGCUUUUUGCAUUUUGCUACAGAGAGCACGCCAGACGGAUUCUCGUGUGCUUCUAGUCUCAGCGCUCUAAGCUUGGAUGAGCCGUACAUUCAGAAAGAUGUAGAACUGAAAAUCAUGCCUCCUGUAUUUGAAAAUGACCACGGAAAUGAGGCAGAGUCUGAGAAGUCCAGGGACUCGGUGGACCCUCACGAGAAUAAGGAGGCAAAAAACACAGAGCCAGAAAAGGAUAUGCUGGAUGAUACAGAUGAUGAUAUUGAUAUAUUAGAAGAAUGUAUAAUAUCUGCAAUGCCUACAAAAUCGGCAAGGAAGAAUAAGAAGCCUGCACAACCAAGUGCUCCCAAACCUGCUCCUCCGGUGGCAAGGAAGCCUAGUCAGCUGCCGGUUUAUAAAAUCCUUCACCCACAAAACAGACUACACCCUCAGAAACAUGUAAGCUUCACACAUUCAGACGACAUGCCUAGAGUGUACUGUGUGGAGGGCACGCCAAUAAAUUUCUCUACAGCAACAUCUUUAAGUGAUCUUACAAUUGAAUCCCCCCCUAAUGAGCUGGAGAAUAACCAGCCAAAUGCUGUUGCAGCAUCAAGAGACUUGGAGAGGAGAGACACUAUUCCCACAGAGGGUCGAAGCACGGAUGAUCCGGAGGCAGGUAAAAUUCCAGAUGCUUCGCAACAUGGUUUGGCUAAAGAUAACACGGACGAAGGUGAUAUUCUUGCCGAAUGCAUUAAUUCAGCAUUGCCUAAAGGGAAAAGUCACAAACCUUACAGAGUCAAAAAGAUAAUGGAUCAGAUUCAUCACACAGCUACUGGUCCGUCUGCAAGCAACAAAAGCCAGCAAGAGAGUGAAAAGAAAACGCCGACCUCCCCCGUGAAACCUAUGCUACAAGCAGCCGAGUAUAAAACACGUUCAAAGAAAAACACAGACGCAAAGAUGAGCCUCGGGAGCGAAAAGCCCUUUUGUGAUCCAAGGAAGCAAAGCAUUAAAAACCAACCAGGGCAUGAUAAAGUUCCUAACAACGAAGAACACGUAAAAGGAAGCUUCGCAUUUGAUUCCCCCCAUCAUUACACACCAAUCGAAGGGACACCCUACUGUUUUUCACGAAAUGAUUCUCUCAGUUCUCUAGAUUUCGAUGAGGACGAUACCGACCUUUCCAAAGAAAAAGCAGAAUUACGAAAAGAAAAAGAAAACAAGAAUAUAGAUACCAGGAACACGAAUAACGAACGUUUAGUAUCGAACCAGACCGAUGCAACCGUACAGCCUGGCCAAAAUACACUUCUGCAAAAGCAAGCUGCGUUUCCUCCUGCGUGUAAGGAGGCCCAAGACAGAGGGGGCGCUACAGAUGAGAAGAUGCAGAAUUUUGCAAUCGAAAACACGCCCGUUUGUUUCUCACGGAAUUCUUCCCUGAGUUCAAUAAGUGACAUUGAUCAAGAAAACAACAAUAAAGACAUUAAAAGUAUAAAAGAAACCGAAGCUUCUGAUGCACAGAUGUUGCGUAGGCCUCAAACGUCCGGUUACGCGCCUAAGUCAUUCCACGUCGAAGAUACACCCGUUUGUUUUUCUCGAAACAGCUCUCUGAGUUCUUUGAGCAUCGAUUCUGAGGAUGAUCUGUUGCAGGAAUGUAUAAAUGCUGCAAUGCCAAAGACGAAAAAGCCUUCAAAAAGCAAGGGUGAAAGGGACAAGAGUCUUUCAAAUAACACAGGUGGUAUACUUGCCGAAGAGCCCGAUCUGUCUUUAGACUUGAGAGAUCUGCAAACCUCAGACUCUGAAAAUGCCUUUUCUCCAGAUUCUGAAAACUUUGACUGGAAAGCAAUUCAAGAAGGUGCCAACUCGAUUGUUAGUCGUCUGCAUCAAGCAGCUGCUGGUGUUCCGUUAUCCCGUCAAGGAUCUUCUGACUCUGAUUCGAUACUUUCACUAAAAUCAGGGAUUUCUUUUGGAUCUCCAUUUCAUCUUACACCAGACAAUGAAGAAAAACCUGUAACCAGUAGCAAAGGUCCCAAAAUAUUAAAACCAGGGGAGAGAAGUGCAUUGGAAAAUAAGAAAAAUGAGGAAGAAACAAGAGCAAUUAAAGGUGGGAAAAAAGUAUACAGAAGUAUGAUCACAGGAAAGUCUCGCUCAAGCUCAGAUUUUUCAAGUCAGUGUAAGCAAUCGUUACAAACAAGCAUACCAUCAAUCUCUCGUGGUAGAACAAUGAUCCAUAUUCCUGGUGUCAGAGCCAGUUCCCCCAGCACAAGUCCAGUAUCAAAAAGGGGGCCUGUUUUGAAAAACACACCUUCAAAAAGUCCCAUUGAAAAUCAGAAUUCUGCUAGUUCACCUAGAGGGCCAAAACCUUUAAGGACCGAGCCAUUCUACAAUAACAGACCGACAUCUACAACUGGAGGCUCCAAAGGGCCCUCUAGGUCUGUAUCGAGAGAAUCCACACCUUCAAGGCCAUCACAACAACCAUUAAGUAGACCGUUGCAAUCUCCAGGUCGGAACUCUAUUUCACCUGGAAGAAAUGGAAUGAGCACACCAAACAAACUUUCUCAGCUGCCAAGGACGUCAUCCCCGAGCACAACAUCUACAAAGUCAUCUGGUUCAAGUAAAAUGUCGUACACAUCCCCAGGAAGGCAGGUAACCCAGCAGAAUAUGAACAAGCAAGCUGCUGUGCCCAAAACACCCAGUGGUAUCCCAAGAAGCGAGUCGGCAUCAAAGGGCUUAAAUCAAUAUGGCUCCAACACAGGAUCUAACAAAAAAGUAGAGCUCUCUAGAAUGUCUUCAACAAAAUCAAGUGGAAGCGAAUCUGACAGAUCAGAAAGACCUGCCUUAGUCCGCCAGUCUACUUUUAUUAAGGAAGCACCUAGUCCAACCCUGAGGAGGAAAUUAGAAGAGUCUGCAUCAUUCGAGUCCUUGUCUUCCUCCUCUAGAGCAGAUUCCCCUACAAGGUCCCAGACGCAGACCCCAGUUUUAAGCCCUUCCCUCCCUGACAUGUCUUUAUCAACUCAUUCGCUGCAAGCUGGAGGCUGGAGAAAAAUGCCUCCCAGCUCGAAUCCGCCCGCGGAACACGGUGAUGUCAGGAAGCGUAAUGACGUAACGCGGUCCCAUUCAGAGUCACCGUCCCGGCUUCCUGUGACAAGGUCGGGUACCUGGAAACGUGAGCACAGUAAGCAUUCGUCAUCUCUCCCUCGCGUAAGUACUUGGAGGAGAACUGGUAGCUCCUCAUCAAUAUUGUCUGCGUCUUCAGAAUCCAGUGAGAAAGCAAAGAGUGAAGAUGAAAAACAGCACUUUUGCUCUGUUUCAGGGCCCAAAUCCAAUACAGAAUCUCAACCAUCUUCAAAGGGAACCUGGAGAAAAAUAAAGGAGAGUGAAAUUUUGGAGACCGCUAGUAACGGAUCCUCAAAUACCAUAGCUGAAUCGAACAGUUCUGUGGAAUCCAAAACAUUACAUCAAAUGGCACCAGCUGUGUCCAAAACAGAAGAUGUAUGGGUAAGAAUCGAAGACUGUCCUAUUAACAACCCUAGGUCAGGAAGAUCUCCUACUGGAAAUUAUCCCCCAGUCAUUGACAAUAUCUUGGAAAAGGGGGAGAAGGAUGAAUCUGUAAAGGAUUGCCAAGGAAGGCACAAUUCCGGGAAUGUGAAAACGCCUAUCCUUGAAAAUAGAAAAAAAUCAUUUAUUAAAUCAGAAGGCCAGGAAGCAAAGGGAAGCGACUCAAAGCCUGUAAUAAAUAAGCCUGCAGAGCUAGAGACGGCUGAAAGCUGUGUUCCAGAACGUACGCCUUUCAGCUCAAACAGCUCAAGCAAACACAGCUCGCCGAGUGGAACGGUGGCGGCGCGGGUCACCCCGUUUAAUUAUAACCCGAGCCCCAGAAAGAGCAAUGCAGAUAACGUCACGUCCCGGCCAUCGCAGAUACCCACGCCAUCCAGUGCAGGUACUAAGAAAAAAGACUCAAAAGCUGAAUCCCCAGAUUCUAGUGGUUCUCAGAGCCCCAAAAGACAUUCUGGCUCUUAUCUAGUGACAUCUGUUUAAAGACAGACAAUGAAUUUAAAUGAACUUAAGAUGUAUUUUAACUGUCAUGCGUGAUGUUUGAACACACAAAUCAUAUAUAUAUAUAAAUAUAUUAAAGGCUGUAAAUUUGAUCCUGGUGAAGGUUUUUUGGAAAGCCAUAAUUCACAAAACAUAGUUCACUGGUCAUUUUCUGUAAGUCACUGGCACAAUAGUUUGGAUCAUUCUGAAGAAGCAAAAA